AUGUACGAGUUACCGAGCCUGCUGAAGACGGCGUACCACGCUUGCAACAAAAUCGAUCGCGCCAGGUAUGACUUGUUGAGAACACCGGACGUCGAUUUGCGACCAUGUUGCGAGUCGCUGUUUGAAUUAUUAAAAGCCGACAGAAACCUAGACGAGAACAACAGCAUGGAGACAAUGUACAGCAGAUCGCCAACCCCCAGGAGGUAUCGAAAACUAUGCGAGUCGGCAGCGUUGUACGGGCACUUGGAUUGCCUAAAACUCGCCCGUGUGAUCGGCGUCCCUUGGGAUUCCGGUUUAGAAAUUAUCGGACAUCCGGAGCCCAUGAUAUUCGGUUCGGCGUGCGAGAUGGCCGCGCUAUCCGGCAAUCUGGAGUGUCUAGAGUACGCCUGGGAGAACGGAUGUCUCUGGUCCGACCGUACGUGCAGCAACGCGGCGUUGAACGGGCACCUAGACUGUCUCGUGUACGCACGGGAAAACGGGUGCACGUUGGACGAGAGCACGUGCAGCAACGCCGCGUUGCACGGUCACUUGGAGUGUCUACGGUACGCACGGGACAACGGCUGCCCGUGGUCCAAAUUGACGUGCACCAACGCAGCGAGGAACGGUCAAAUGGACUGUUUACGGUACGCACGGGAAAACAGGUGUGAAUGGGACAAGGAUACGUGCGAUGCCGCCGCGCAAAACGGUCACUUGAAUUGUCUCAUAUAUGCCCGAGAAAACGGGUGUGAAUGGGACAAUGAUACGUGCAAGGUUGCCGCGAGCAACGGUCACUUGAAUUGUCUCGUUUAUGCCCGGGAAAACGGGUGUGAAUGGAGCAGAGAUACGUGCUAUGAAGCCGCUAAGGAAGGUCACUUGAACUGCCUCAUUUAUGCACAUCAAAACGGGUGUCCAUGGGACCAGUGGACGGGCAUCUACGCAAAAUUGCGCGGUCACAUAGACUGUUGGAACUACGCUCUGAAAAACGGUUGUCCUUGGGUCGAGAGUACGUACAACAUGAUAUCUUCAAUGGAUUAUUUAUGCUAA